ACCAAACUCCCACUCUCAUCUAUCCUGAGUUCACAGAUUUGCUCAUAUGUGAUGUCCCAAAAUGCAGUGCUUCAGCUCCAUUAGAUCAUCCCUUUCCAUCUCUUAGAUCACCCUCAAUCUCGUCCAGAAAAAUGGGCUCCACCCAAUCGGUACAAGAAGGCGAAGAAGAUAGCCCCGACGACGAGGAACAAGUCGACGACGAAGAUGAAGAAGAGGAAGACAACAAUGAACCCAACAUAAGACAACUCGAAAACAACCACUUGGUCAAGAAAGUGCUGAAGCAGGAGCCCGAAAUGUUACCCUGCUACGCUUCGGCAACCCCCCUCUCUCCGCAGCAAUCUUCCUUGGGUACUCCUAGGAUGGGUCCUUCAAUCAAGGUGUGGGACCCUUAUAAUGUAUUGGCUCCGCCUCCACCGCUUCCCCCGCCGCCUGUUUUCUCUCGUUCGUUUUCUUUCGACGAUGAUCGGAUGGUGCUUGAGGUUUAUUUCAUUAGCCAUGGCGAGUGUGAUUUGAAUUUGAGGCCUAAUAUUGUCGGUGGAAGAUGCGACGGAGCCGCUUUGACUUCUAAUGGGAAGCGCCAAGCCAGGGCUUUGGCUGUCUUCCUAAAUUCUCAAGGGGUUAGGUUUAAUGCUGUUUAUUGCUCUCCGUUGGAUCGGGCUAGAUCUAUGGCUCUUUCCGUUUGUCAGGAGAUGAAUUUUGCAGUAGCAGAGAUACAACCCUCUGGUGCACUUAUGGAUCUGAAUAUGGGGCACUGGGAGGGGUGCCCUCGGUCAGAAAUAUAUACACCUGAAGUUUUGGGUCUAAUGGAAAGAUACCAGCCUGAUUUUUCUGCACCUUCUGGAGAAUCUCUCAGGCAAUUGGAAUUUCGUAUGGCUCAAUUCUUGAAUGGGACAGUCCUUGGACUUUCUGAAAAACUUAGAUCUGAAUUUUGCUUACACCAGAAUGAGAAUCAAGGAUUUACACACCAUGACAACCAUGCUUUAACCAACUCAGUUCAUGAUAGAGAUGUAGCUUCUCUUCAACUACCCCAUUGGGAUAUGCUUCAAAAGCAGCGACCUGGUCUAUCAAGGAAGACGUCUGGUAAGAGCAGGCUACAAUUUGUGUCGAAUGUUGGUGAACAUGAUGCUGAUGAUGAAAUGUCUCCUCGGGAAAACAGUCAUCAGUCUGACCUUCAUGACUUAAAUGUCAGGAGUUCCUCUCCCCCCUCCACUUCCUUGGCCUCCACUUCUGUUGGUGUUUUUACUCAUUCCCUGCCAAUUAAAUGUCUUCUCACGGGCCUCCUUGAGUGUAGUCCUGUAAUGUCACGUAAGGUGUGCAUAGAGGACUCUUCUGUGACUGUAUUACAGCAUUCUUGGAAAACAGGUUGGCAGAUUAAACGGUUGAAUGAUACUGCACAUCUUAGGCUUCUUUAGUUGGGGUUUGAGGGUUGCAUGCUGUCCUACAGCAGAAUUAGCGUCCCAAAAAGUGAAUUGUUAAUUGUUGGUUAAAAUAUGGCAUUACUAUGAUUCUUCGUCCAAGUUGUAAUUCUGCAACUCACGAUCUCACUUGUGUUUCAUCUACAUUAUAUGUGUUGUAGCAUUCAAAUUUGAAUAGUUAAUUCAACAUUCAUGGUAUCCAAAGAGAAGAAUUCUUUUGGAAGUUGGAGUUUUGUAUCGGAUGAUUCUUUGUGAUUUGUAGUGUUUAUGACCGUUGAUUUUUAUAGAGUGAAUUUAUUUAUGAAGUAAUUCCUGAACUGCA